AUGGGGUGCAAGGAAGGGCGCCCGGGAGACUCACCUGGAGGCCGGGUGUCCAGUGCUGCUGCCGGCCUGGUCCCUGUCACUGAGCGCAGUGGUGUAAAUCCUCCGGUAGCGGUCCGCCAAGCGCCCCCGGCGCCGGCGAGGAAGAGAUGGUGGCGGCCGCGAAGAAUCCGUCCCCGCCGGGCCCGGAGGAGGCGGCGGCGGGGGAGGCGGUCGCCGCGCACAUCAUCAUCCUCGCCGCCGCCGCCGCCGACUCGUCCCCGCGGGCCGGGCGGGCAGGCACGCGCGCCCCCUCUCAGCCUCCGCCAACGACGACGGCUGGAGCGGCGGCCUCGGGAGCCCGCAGCAGGGACACUACAAAGACAGCGACCUCCUCCGCCGCCGCCGCCUUCUCCUCCUCCUCCCCGCGCCGCCCUCGCCGCUGUUGGGGCCGCUCAUCUAACCCCGCCACCCGCGGAGUGUGAGGAGGAGGCGGUGCCGCCGCCGCCGCUGCCACCGCCGGAGCUGCCCGCAAUGGGAGGCGGCCGGCCGCACUGGGCAUGCGCGCCGCGCGGCGCAUGCUCAGUGACCGGACCCCGGCUCUCCAGCCGGCCCCACCCCCUCCGCCGCCGUUCCCCUCCGCCUUCGGGUUGUGGGUGUCCAGAGGCCGGGUGGUGCCGGAGCGACGCGAGAUCCGCGGCUCCGGGUUUUACAAGCAGCCCCAGGAAGAGCCUGGACCGCGCCGGGGAAGCUGUCAGUGGAGGCGUUCUUCUUCAGCUUCCUGAGCUAAAGGCGAUGGCGCCAUUACAUCAGCCUCCUCUCCGGGGACUGACACACAACUCGUGGCUCUUUCCACAGAAGCCAGCAUGCCUUCCUUCACUUGAAGCAAAACCAUCGCCUACAGCCUGCAAGGCCCUUCUGAGGAUCUUUUGUUCCUGUUUUUACUAAGACUUAUAUAAACUUGAGUCUGAACACACAUGAACUCGGCUCUACACCCAGUGUCGUCCGUCAUUGCCCAAAAGCAGCCAUUGAAACGUCAUUGCCUCAUCUUUGGACUUCUUCCAAGCCCCUGGCUUUACCCUCUAAUUUGUAUAACCAACUGCUCAAAGCAGGAUAAGCAAUGUCACACAGUAGACACUCGUUUCAUGGGGGACUGUUCUUUUUAUUUGUUUACUGAGAAACAGAUGUUUAAACAUCUGCUUAAGUACUGUGAUUUUCCCCCAGCAGAUUGAACCUUUCCUUCCAGCAACAUAACCAGGAAAACCAAUAUUUACCGAAGUACAAUCAAAUUGUAUUUGGAAAAGGGGAAUUCUGUAAACUAGCUUUUCAUAACGUCUCUCAGACAGAAACUGAAAUGUCAACAGAAGCUUACACAUAUUUAAUAAGAAAUAUCUUUGGCUAUUUGAAUUUUUUAAAGCUCCUUAGCAUGCUAUGACCUUGAAUCCUUUUUCAUUGUGUGCAUUGUGAUAU